UUUUUGUCAAAACAAACACCAUUUUAGUCGCGGCUUGAUGUGUUGUUUGUGCUUUUAAAAUGAUUUUUGUGAUUUUUAUUUUUAAUAUUUAGCUGAACUUCACCAGAUAAGUGACAAAAGUAACAGCAAAUUUGUUUACUAUCAAUUCACCCUAACAGUUUCGUUAAUUUGAAAAAUCAUGUCCGAUUCGGAAACAUCAGAUUCCGACUCUGGCAUUCGCUUUAAAACCACAUCCACUCGAUACAAAGAGGAAAGCACCAGCAAAUAUUCUCCUAACCGUAGAACGUCCAGAAGAUCAGAUGAUUCUUUCCAUCCCGGCCGAGGCAGCCGUGACCGUGGAAGAGAACGUGAUUCAGGCAGAGAUCGGAACCAUGAGCGACGUCGGUCCAGCCGCAGUAAAAGUAGAAGUCGGAGUCGCAGCCGCGAACGAUCCAAACGCCGAGAAAGAGAGUGUAAGCGUCGCCGCAGUAGAUCUAAUUCGAGAUCCCAUUCCAAACGACUAUCACACGAUAGGAAAGAACGAGAACCUUAUCGGGAAGCAAAGGUUUCUGUAGAUGUCGAGCUUAGUAAAAAUGAAAAACACAGAGAGAGUGUUGAACAACCGAAAAUAGAAGUCGGCAAAAUUCUAGACAUUUCGGUUUCUUCGCUUUCCUCACAGGAGGACCAAAUCGGUAAAGAAGACAUUCUGGAGGAAAGCUUUGGCCCGGCGUUGCCACCUUCGCUGAAAGCUUCAACCUCUGCGGAACAAGAAAACGAAACCUUAGAAGUCGAAGAAUUAUUAGGACCUGCGCUUCCACCACAUCUAUUGAACAAGAGUGAGAAUCGUCCGAUUAACAAUAGACAAUCCAUAAUUGGUCCCGCCUUCCCAGCUGAUUUUAAACCCUCUCAAACGGCAGCUGACAGUUCUGAAUCGGAGUUGUCGCCGUUUUCUGAAGAGGAAACUGUAGACAAUGAAGAGGACGAUUUCAUUGGUCCAAUGCCAGGAGCUUCGAGUUCUCGUGCUGCGAUUGAGCUGGAGAAACGUGCGCUAGAACUAAAAAUGAAAAGAUUCGAUGGUAAUGAUCGUUUCGAUGGAACAGGCACCAAUGUAACAUCCCGUGAAGAUUGGAUGUUGGAAUUACCGGAUAUCCGAAAGGUUAGUGACAUGGGUUUGGGAGCGCGCCAAUUUAGAACCCGAGAAAAACAGGAAAUUGGUGAUCGCUCAGUGUGGACAGAUACUCCUUCUGAUAAGGAACGAAAAAAAGGCAAUCGUUCCAGCAAAGACACCGCUCGGGAACGCGAAUUGGAACAAGAACGUCGAAUGACCGCUGAAAGAGACAAACAGCAGGAGGAUAUGGUUAAAAAACACAAGAAAAAGCAUAAGCGCGAUAAAUCGUUGCUCGAAAUACACCAGAAAAAGUUAGACAAAGAGAAACGAACCGACGAUUCUUCCGAGCCAACCCGUAGACCAUUCGAUCGGAAUGUGGACCUUCACGCUAACCGCUUUGACGAAGCUCAGAAAAAGUCCAUUUACAAGAAAGCCCAGCUGUUAGAUACCCGAUUUUCCAGUGGGGCAUCAAAAUUUCUGUAGAUUUUCUUUUUUAAGAAAUAAAAAACUCCAAGUUAUGUGGACUAGCUCCCAAGUCUUAGAGAGAAACAAAGACCUUCGUAUACGUUUUGCCAUUCAGUAGAUAAAAUGUGCUGGGAAUCAUUCCGUUUAACCAUGAAUAUCAGCCAAUGUUGUGUAAGCUUGAAUUUCGAAUAGUUUCUAUUGAAUUUUGUACUGAAAUGACCACACACACGAGUUCGAUCGUAAAUUCGAUUCCAUAAUUUCGAACGAACACCAAACUCUGAUAGAGUUUUCACCUUAUCUGAGCGAUAUGAUUGAAGGAUAAUUAAAUAUUCUUACUUCUUCAUUAUUGGCUGUAAACUUCGUUUUUUUCUUCAUUUUUUCUUUAUAGUUUUAAUAAUAAGUACACCAUACAUACAUGUUUGUAUCGUUAGAACCUAGGAUUAAUGGUCGAUAUUUUGAUUGUAUGAAAUAAAACGAAGUUUUGAUAAUGUGAAAUUUUUCUUUUCGUUCAGUGGAUCCUUUUGUGAAUCUUAAAUGAACCCUUAUACUGCUCAUAAAAAGUAGUUUUCCAGGUAUUCGUUGGGUUGGUAUUAUUUGAAAGUUUUUCGUUUGUAACCAAAAUUUUCCUUGAAAAAAAAAUUGUGUAGAUUAUAAAAUAAAGUAGCAUUCAUUACAA